ACUCGCCAUUCGACCUGGAGGAGCUGCUUCAGUUCAGCCUUCAACAGUCGAAUUACCCCGGCCCCUUCCUUACUCUUCCGCCGCUGCUUCGCGGCAACGUAGCCCCCACCUCUCCCCGCGCCCGCCCGCCCUUUCCGGCGGAGCUGUAACUAAGACUGGCUCCAUGCACGCAGUAUUAGCUGAUAGGGCUUCACCGGCACUGAAAUCCCUUCCUCGAAGUAUCCUGUGCUCGAAGAAUCCCUUCCUCUCCAUCGCCGCAGAAGGUAUUUCCUCCGCUUCAGCUCCCAUUGGCGCGGAGCCCACUUCACGUCGCAAUCGGAUCGAUCACCUCUACAUCUCUCGGAUUCUUUCGAGAAAGGACUGGUCUUUGCUCCUAAACUCCGAGUUGAAGGCCAAGAGGAUCCUCCUCACUCCUCACUCCGUCGUGAGCAUACUUCAAAAUCAAGAAAACCCAGCAUACCCGUUGAAGUUUUUCGUUUGGGUCUCAAAUAUCGACCCUUUGCUCGCUCGGGAUCAGUCGGUUCGAGCCAUCCUGGCGAGAGCCUUUUGCAGGAAAGGCCCUGUCGUGCUAUCUCCUGAGCUGCUUCAGGAUAUGAGGAACUCGGGGUAUCGGUUCACGGAAGAUUUGCUAUGCAUUCUGAUUGGCAGCUGGGGGAGAUUGGGAUUGGCAAAGUACAGUGAUGAAGUUUUCGGGCAGCUUUCGUUUCUUGGGUUUUCGCCGACCACUAGGCUGUACAACGCUAUUAUCGAUGCGCUGGUGAAAUCGAACUCGCUCGAUAUGGCUUAUUUGAAGUUCCAGCAGAUGGCAGCAGAUAAGUGUAAGCCUGAUCUUUUCACGUACAACAUACUCAUACACGGAGUCUGUCGGGCGGGUGUGAUGGACGAAGCUCUCCGUUUGGUCAAACAGAUGGAGGCAACGGGAUAUUUCCCGAAUGUCUAUACAUACACUAUACUUAUCGAUGGGUUUUGUAACGCAAAGAUGGUUAGUGAAGCCUUCAGGAUUGUGGAGACAAUGAGGAAGAGGAAGGUAUACCCAAGUGAAGCGACUGUGAGGUCGUUAGUUCACGGAGUGUUCCGUGCUGUGGAUAAGGAGGAGGCAUUUCGGUUGUUGUUGGAUUUUAUGAUAAGGGAACCCGUCUUGCCUAAAGUGGCCUAUGAUACGCUAGUGUAUUGCCUCUCAAACAAUUCCAUGGCAAAAGAAGUUGCUUUUCUUUUGAGUAAGAUGGGGAAGAGAGGCUAUGUUCCUGAUGGAGGUACUUUUAAUAUCGCGCUGGUCUGCCUAAUCAAGGGUUUGGAUCUAAAUGAAGUCCUUGAGAUAUUAGAGGGUUUUACCAGCCGAGGAUUGAUUCCUGGGUUCAGUACUUUUCUCAUGCUAAUUGAAGUAUUGUACAGAUCAGGAAGAACUGUGGAUGGUGAUCGAUACUUUGCUCAGAUGAUCGAGCACGGACUUGUGUCAAAUGUUGUCUCUUAUAAUAUGGUGAUCGAUUGCUUCUGCAAAGCUAAACUGUUGGAAAGGGCAGUUGAUAUUCUCAGGGAGAUGCAUCAUAAGGGUGUUGUGCCGAAUCUCAUUACCUUUAAUACUCUUAUAAGUGCGUAUGCUAAGGGCGGUAAGAUAAACGAGGUCCGCAAUAUGUUAGGGAUGCUUUUUGAAUUUGGAUUGAAACCCGAUGUUGUUACUUUUAGUGCUGUAAUUGAUGGCCUAUGUAGAGUGAACCGAGAUGAGGAUGCAUUAAGUUGUUUCAUGGAGAUGGUGGAGUGGGGUGUUGCCCCUAAUUCAAUCACAUACAAUACUUUGAUACGCUCCUUAUGUAUCACUGGAAAUGUAGGUAAGGCACAGGAACUUCUUAGACAGAUGCAAGAAAGUGGCAUUGACCCUGAGGUCCUCUCUUUCAACUCUGUCAUUCGAAGUUACUAUACGAUGAAUAAGAUUGAGAAGGCAGAGAAGAUUGUUUAUUCAAGGUCAAGAUUGGGUUUGAAUCCCAGCAGUAAUCCACAUGUCUCUGAAAGCAAAUAACCAAGUGACUUGAUUCAGGAUCAUCUAGUUCAGUAGCAUAGCUGACAUGAGGCAAGAGGUGCAUUCACAAGAUGAAAAGAAAGAGGAAUCCAUUCAGCUUAUGAUCUUGUCUUUUCGAGGGAAGAAGAUUAUUCGAACUGAUCAGAUAGGUCACAUUGGUGUGCUUCAGUGAGCAUGUAACUAAUGCUGUCCUCAGUGCUGAUGUGGCUUUGAAGGACAGAAAGGUAAUAAAAAUGGACAUGUUGACUGUGACCUUACCGUUCUGAGAGGAGGAUGAGUUCGCUGUUGUUGAGAGCAAGAGCAAGUUAUGGAAGCUGUAAAUUAUGAAAGCACCUUCUACUGGAAUUUCUCGGAUGAUGGACUAUAUCACAAAAUUCAGUUUGGAAGCAAUUAUGAAGUGAGUGCCUUUUAUGGUCGAAAAGGUCCAGAGGAAUGGAAUACUAACCGCUGCAACAUCUAUUUAUGAUAUUUUUGUCGGCAAGGUCAUCGCUAGACAGAUCGUCCACUUUCCAGAAAUGAAUUUCCGUUGGCAGGAAGAAGCUUGAUUUGGUCUUGGAAAGUGGCGUCCGGCUAUCCAUCUCAAAGCAAUGAAAGGUUUGCCACCAUAUUACUAUUGGGAGCAUGAAUAAUAAGGUUUACUACUGCAUGUCAUCAUAUCCGAAGGACUAUUUCUACGUUGUCCUAAAAACAAAGCGGAUCUAAUCUGCGAAAAAACGCUUUCAAAAUUGUCAUAUUCGAAAUGAAUAUAGUAUGGAUCACUGUAUGUUGGACUGAAUUGUGAAGGGUAACUUUGAAAAACCACACAGAAAGAGGAAGCCAGAAGGGGUUGAGUGCCAAAAAUCAGCCAUGAUCUGUAAGAUUCUGUUGACGCUGUACCAGUUUUUUCGACUCUGCAACAUCUCUAAGUUGUUUCAGGUGUUUUCCAUGGAAAAUUGCGUGGCAAGUUCAUGUUUAUGUCAAUUACUUACCGUGCACGUGAUUACAAAUACUUGGUAUUCUACCUUAGAAGUUUAUGAUCCACUUCGGUAUAUAUUACAAUUGUGUACUGAUGAUGAUUCUAGUGUCGUUUUCUAAGCUGAAAUAAGUUCUAUA